GACUCAAUCUUUUUCCUCCCGUUUUUCCCCACAAAUAGACCAACAGAAAUGAGAUCAGAGGAGUUGGAAAAAAUGCAGAAACACACGGAGAGUGGAUGUAACUGCUUAACUGUUUCUGACUGUGGGACAUGUAAAUCCAAAUUGUUACCGGAUCCACGACUAACCCUUUCUCCUCGAUUGCUUGUGACUCCUGGCAUUCAUGGGGGGGGGGGUUGUACAGUGGCGCUGAAACAUCUGAAGGCGUUUGGGUCUGAUGUGGUGCAGAUCUGACUGUGUCCAUGGUUGUGGGUCUGAAAUGAUCACUCCUGCUGGCUGCUGCUUUGCUCUCUCACAAACUAAAAAAAAAAAAAAAGAAUCUUUGACACAAAUUCUGCCCGACUCACAGAUGUGUACAAACGGCUUCAUUUAGUUUUUAUUUUGCUCUUUCAUGAGCUUGGUUGGCCAUGUGUGUACCAGCUGUCCCUUUUUUGAGCACACACAUUUACCCCAGUUCCUCACUGAGACCAGAACCAGAAUUAAAACCCAAGAAAACCACUUAUAAUCCUUUAAUUUCCUUCUUACUCUAAUUACAGUUGCUGCCAAAUGAUCCCGUCUGAACUGUUUUUGCUCUUUCUAUGUUUCUGCUCUCAGGUUCAACGUCUGACAACGUGGAGAGAAAAGCAAAACCCACCAUGCCAAUGUGGUGUUGAUUACUAACAGCAAUGAGUCCAAAAGAUAGACGGAGGAAUAUAGACGGGACGGUGGAGGAGGGCCUUUCCAUACAAGGAGAAAAAAAAUGGAAGGGGAGGAGAAAGCAAAAGAAAGAGAGGGAGAGCAAGGUAACAUGAGGAGAAUCAGGGAGGAGAGAAAUUUGGAAAGCGACAUAGUGGGGUAGAAGAGGAGUAAAGGCUGAUAAGGCUGCAGUGGUCGAAGUGAGACCGGAGGGGAAGAGGGGGAGCUGUAUCCUCCUCGAGCUACUGCUUCUCUGUCACCGGCUGAGUGAUCCUACAAGAUGAUGUCAUCGGAGCGGCAGACCUGCGGUUGGUGGCGGCAGCUGCUCAUUGUUCUCGUGAAGCUUUGCCUGGCUUUCGCGGGGCCUUUGCGACCACUCAACGGGACAGAAUGCACAGCCAAGAGUCCUGCUUCUUACAUUCUAGUCUUUACAGGUCACUGGAGCCCCCAGUCCUUCCCAAAGCAGUAUCCACUGUUCCGGCCCCCAGCGCAGUGGUCCAAACUCAUAGCGGUCAGCCACAAUCACCAUUUCAGGCUAUGGGAGGAGGGCGCUGCAGCCAGUCUAGGGGUGCAGAAGUUUGCCGAACUCGGGUUGACAGUGGAGCUGAUGAAGGCGGGCAAAGAGGCCAGGAAGAAACGCACGGUCGGCGCCAUGCAGCGAACGGCGGGCAUUCCCAACGGCAUCGGGCACAGCUCCACAGAGGUGCACAUGCAGCCGCGGAGCUCGCUGUUGUCCCUGAUGGUGAAGAUGAUCCCCAGUCCUGACUGGUUUGUUGGUGUGAACAGUCUGAACCUAUGCGAGGGUAACCACUGGAAACAGGAAGUGACGGUCAACCUCCAGCCUUACGAUGCGGGGACCAACAGCGGGUUCACUUUUUCCUCCCCCAAAUUCCCCACCAGCCCGCCAGAAAACAUCUCAAAGAUCACAUCUCAGGUGCCAAACCAUCCGGCCAACUCCUUCUACUACCCUCGCCUAAAGGAGCUUCCGGCCAUAGCCAGCAUAAAAAUCACCCGGCAGCACCGAUCAGCCAACCGCCAAACCGUGCUGUCUAACCACAUUCUGCCAAACUCCAUCAGUCCUCGUCGUUUCUCGGAGACACCUCUAGACUGUGAAGUCUCUCUUUGGUCCUCCUGGGGUCUGUGUCUGGGUCCCUGCUCCAGGGGCGGCAUUCGCCACCGCACACGCUACAUCCUCCUGCGACCAGCCAAUGCCGGGAGUCCCUGCCCUGAACUGGAAGAGCAGGCUGAAUGCGUCCCAUACAGCUGUAUGAAGAAUCGUCAGUAACCCACGAAACAGCAGGAGCACCAACGAAGCCCUGCUCAAUGCUCUGACUUUGUUGUUCUCUGCUGGAGCAGAGGCCUGUUUCACUGUUGCUACAGGAAGCUGUCAAAGGUUCAAACCUGCAGCGUUGAUGGUCAAACUGUGGGUGUCCUUCAUUGACAGAAAGGACAAAAUAAAGAUGGUCUUCGAUGAUAUUCAGGGUAUUGGUAAUAGUUUCAAUGUUUUGUGGAAUAACAAAAUUAUUAUAAAGAUUAGAGAAUGUCCAAAAUGUAAAGAAAGCAGAAUGCUUUCAGCUCUGUUCUAGGCUGAACAUUUAGAGAAUGAAUGAAAAAAUCUAGCAAAAGUUUCAAUCAGAACUUUUCAGUUCUUUCGUCAAGAUUUGCUCACGAUUGACAGUUUUCAUUCAAAAUGUAGGCCAAUACUGGCUGAGGCUCAUGGUAAAAUCUUACAUACGAAAGGCACGCAUGCGCACACAUAACUGCACAUAGAAGUCCUUGCACAUAUUGCAUACAAUUGCAGGCAGACAAGUGUUGGGUUACACAGAUAACCUAAAAACAUGUGGCUUGUGAAGCUCUUUCAAUAAAACCUGACCACUAAAUCAACAUACCGGAAAUGGGGACAACCUAUUUUAGAACAGAAUAUAGUGAAAAACAAAUCAUAAUUGAGAAUUGAUAUCUUUUGAUGUUUUGUUGAAGAAUUUUUGUACAUACUGUAAAGUGUAUUUAAUCCUGUAUUACUCCUGAAUAAACAUGGAGCUGUUUUUCAACUAGAAAACAUAAA